AUGUGUUGUCAUCUUUUUUUGUUAUUAGCGCCGUGCAUUCCAACAUUUGCGAGCACAUCAAUUAGACUUACGGCUGGCAAUGGACCGUAUGCAGUGGCAGCAGCUGAUAUCACUCAGGAUGGACGAUCUGAUAUCGUCCCCUCAAAUAGGACAGACGGCACCAUUUCGGUUUUCUUCAACACAGGUGCUGGCACAUUUGCAACUCCAGCAGUACUUGACAAUGGUCUGGUCGUUGUCACCAACCCCGAGGGUCUCACAAUCGCUGACGUAUUGGGUGCCGAUACCUUCCCCGAUAUUAUUGUAGCAAAUAGGGGUCAAGACAAUAUCCUUGUUUACCAGGGUACUGGUGCCGGCGUAUUUUCUGCCGCUCAGUCCAUAGCCCUUCCGGUCAUAGCCCCUCCGCUGACAGCCGCACCACGCGAUGUUGCAGUCUCUGAUCUCAAUGGUGAUAGCAGAAACGAUAUUGUUGUAGCAUGUAGUGAUGCAAACGUCCGUGUUUUACUAUACAAUAAUGUUGCUAACCCAUUUCCUGUGGCAUCACUCCUUGCACUUGGAGCUGGCGCUGUUGCGAGGUCUGUAGUACUAGCUAAUCUUGAUGGCAGGGACAGAGACGACAUUAUUGUUGCAAGCACUAUUGCAAACGAAGUUAGAACUUUUCGGAACGAUGGUAGGGGCGGAUUUGUGGCGUGGCGCCCUACCGAAACUGCUCCGGAAGGCCAGGGGCCGCAGUCGGUGGCAGCAGGUGACGUGAGUGGUGAUGGCUUCCCCGACGUUGUUGUUGCAUGUACCGAUUCAAGCAACAUUGGUAUUUCGCUUACUGAUGGCACAGGUAUAAUUGCUGAUCCGUUUUUUCUUACACCUGGUGUAGCACCACGCGCUGUGAGACUUGCAGAUAUCAAUAACGAUGGGAAACUUGACAUUCUCUAUACAAGCAACUCUGGUAACAGCUUUGGUUAUUUCCGCAAUACAGGCAAUAACAUAUUCGUUCACCAAGGACCCAUUGCGAUUCCUUAA